AUGGCACCUAUCACUCGUUCCGAGAAACGGAAAACAGAGGAUGGUAAUUCGAGUGAUGAUUCUCGUCCUACUAAGCAGCGUACAGGCCCAGCAGAGGGUAAGUCGAACCCCCAGCCAGUAAACGAAGCGAGCGCACCACAACGGCCAAGGAGUAAGCUGUUUCCAUUGCACCCACCCACAGGAGGAUUACGUCCACCACCCAUCACAGGCGUCGACAUCCCCGAUACUGUAACCACAAACUGGGAAGGAAGCCAAUCGAGCGGAGACGGCGGGUAUAAUGUCGAUGAUCCCGAAGUCGUCCAACGCUACCGAGACGCAGGCGCUCGGUACCAGGAAUGGAUUAUUGACCCAGCCCUAGCAGGGUGUCCUAUCAAGAAAGCCACGCUAACCUUUGAACACAUGUUUAGUCUUCCAGUCGCGCCUGAUACACUACAAUAUGGAGAUACAACAAGCUACCAAUGGCGGGAAGCAUAUGAUUCAACGCAAGAGGAUAUCAAAACAGUAGGUCUUCCGACAGGUCGAGUUUGGGACCGAACAGUUGUCCGCCAAUUAGGAUGGGCGCCUAAGCUCGAGCGAUUCAAAUGGAGCGAGUACGUUCACUGGGUUGUUGAAGGUGCGAUUAUUGCUGCUGCAAUUGCCAGAUAUCACGGUCCGCAUUGGUCGGAUGUUGCUCUGGCUCAUUAUAGACACGAGACGAAGCCAUUCGUCAAGAAGCUUUAUAGCGAUGGAAAAAUUCGUAUGAAGAACGAACCCGCCGCGAAGUUCUGGGCCUAUGGCACAGAUGAGUAUCAGGGUAUCUUGGGGACGGCGAUUGGAAGGGGAGUGGCUUCGAUUGUUUUGGGUGCUUGGCCGCGUGGUACUCAUCGUAUCAUACAGAUCAAGAGCUACUUCUAUGCUAAGAGCUUGCAGCUUCGUUUUGAUAUUGGAGAGAUUGUGUCUGCAUCUGGGCCUGCGAUGUCUUCGCCCGAGAGCGUGAGCCCACCAGAGAGUCAGAAAGGUAGCGAAGGUGAUAGCGAAGGGAGCCAGGAAGACAGCCAAGAUGAGAGCGAGGAGGAGAGCAAGGAGGAGAGUGAGGAAGAUAGCCGGGAAGAGUGA